CCAGAUUUGCUUUCAUUGACACUAGAAAUCUAGUGUUGAUGGACUGCCGACGCUACUGGGAACGGCCAUAAUGAGGACGCGUUCAGCUUUUUUUUACCCAUUAUUCUGCUCUUGUGAUCGUGAUGGGUGUACCCUUGCAUUUCAAGCUCAACACGGGCGCCACAAUCCCCGCAAUUGGUCUCGGAACAUGGAAGUCUGAGCCUGGCGAAGUGCGCAAAGCAGUUUCGUUCGCUCUCAAAGAUGGGUAUCGCCACAUCGACGCGGCGCUGAUAUAUGGAAACGAAAAGGAAGUCGGUGAUGGCAUACGUGAUUCUGGUGUCCCGCGAAAAGACAUCUUCAUCACUAGCAAGCUCUGGAACACGCAUCAAGAUGAUGCUCAAGCAGGACUGCAAAAGACACUCGACGACUUAGGCACAGACUACCUCGAUCUUUACCUCAUCCAUUGGCCCGUUCGCUUGGUUGCCAACGAGACAAGCCAACUGCUACCUGUAAACCCAGACGGUAGCCGUUCCGUUGAUCGCUCCUGGGACCAGUCUCGAACCUGGAAGCAAAUGGAAGAUCUUUACAAGUCAGGCAAAGUCAAGGCAAUCGGCGUCGCCAACUGGUCCGUGCCUUACCUUGAAAAGCUUUCAGAGACAUGGACAGUUGUGCCCGCCGUCAAUCAAGUUGAGCUUCACCCACUGCUACCACAACACAAGCUGCGCAAGUACUGCGCUAACAAAGGGAUUCUACUUGAAGCAUAUUCGCCAUUCGGAUCGACUGGUGCUCCAAUCAUGUCGGAUGCUGGUAUUCGCCGUCUCGCAGACGAGAAGAAGGUGUCUCCCGCCACAGUAUUGUUGAGCUACCAUGUCAACAAGGGAGUUGUGGUGCUUCCGAAGUCCGUUACAGAGUCACGCAUCAGUAGUAACAAACAUGCUGUGGAGCUAUCUACGAGCGAACUAGAGACCUUGGAUCGGCUAGCUGAAGAUGGAAACGGGAAACGUUUGAACACGCCACUGUGGGGAUUCGACCUGGGAUUUGAUGAUUGGUACGAAUCAGCGAAGAAAACGUAGACUUUCUCUUGUGUUGCGCAGAAUGUAGACUACAAGCUGCGAUAUGUUCAAAUUUAACAAAAGUCCUGAGCGCAACCUUUGUAGGGUAGUGUCAGCUAU